AUGAGCUCUUGGUUGCAGAUGGUCACCCUCCCUUGCCUGAGUCUGAUCCUGUUUGUCUGGAGCCAGGUACCAGGGCUCCAGAGCCAAGAAUUCCAAUUUGGGCCCUGCCGAGCAGAAGGGGUCAAUCUCCAGCAACUGAGGGAGGCCUUCUGGACCAUCCAGGAAACUGUGGUGACUCAGGAUAACAACACCAGCGUCCGGCUGCUGCGCCAGGAGGUUCUGCAGAAUGUCUCGGAUGCUGAGAGCUGUUACCUUAUCCACGCCCUGCUCAAGUUCUAUCUGAACACUGUUUUCAAAAACUACCACAAAAGAGCUGAAUUCAAGACCCUGAAAUCAUUCUCUACUCUGGCCAACAACUUUAUUGUCAUCAUGUCAAAACUUCAACCCUCUCAGGAAAAUGAGAUGUUUUCUGUCAGUGAGAGUGCACACAAGCGGUUUCUGCUAUUCCACAGAGCGUUCAAACGGCUGGACAUAGAAGCAGCUCUGACGAAAGCUUUUGGGGAAGUGGACAUUCUCCUGACCUGGAUGGAGAAAUUCUACAAGAUCUGAAUGUCCAGACAAGAAUCGUGUACUUGUUCAUUCUUCAUGUAAUUUCAAACAGGUGUCCCUUCCUGUGUGGCUCGCUGGGCACUUCACACUCUUGGCCAUGGACCCUACUGUUGUCCCAGGCUUCUUUCAAAGACUUCAUUCUUUCAGCAGCCCAAAAGACAAUCACAGGAUGCUGUGAAUAAUCU